AUUGUAAGAAAUCUACUUUCUUGAACCCAAAAUGGGCCAAGAAUCUCAAGACUACGAGAAAGCAGAAGAUGGAGUUUACAAUAAUACCCGGAAUCCCAACCCGGAACGAGUAGACGACGAGGACCCGAACCAGAAGAGGAAGCGCGGCGGCGAAGAGGAGGAGGAGGAAGAUUUUGCUUCAGUGGAGAAGCUGUUUGCGAAGCAAGAAGUGCCGUCAUGGACGAGGCAGCUGACGUUCAGGGCGUUCAUAAUAAGCGGGAUGCUGAGUGUUCUGUUCAGCGUCAUAGUGAUGAAGCUGAACCUGACCACCGGUAUCAUACCCUCCCUGAACGUGUCUGCUGGGCUUUUGGGUUUCUUCUUUGUGAGCACAUGGACCAAGAUCGUGACCAAAGCUGGGUUCUUGACGCAGCCCUUCACUAGGCAAGAGAAUACUGUCAUCCAGACCUGCAUAGUUGCUUCCUCCGGGAUUGCCUUCAGUGGUGGCUUUGGGAGUUAUCUGUUUGGUAUGAGUGAUCGGAUUGCUGCUCAGUCUUCGGACCGCGGUGAUACCAAGAAUCCUGGGUUGCUGUGGAUUAUUGGGUUUCUGUUUGUUGUUAGCUUUCUGGGGCUCUUCUCAGUCGUGCCUCUUCGAAAGAUUAUGAUCAUAGACUUCAAGUUGACAUAUCCCAGUGGUACUGCAACUGCUCAUCUCAUCAACAGCUUCCACACUCCUGAAGGAGCCAAGCUAGCCAAGAAGCAAGUGAAGGAGUUGGGGAAGUUCUUCUCUCUGAGUUUCUUGUGGGGUUUCUUUCAAUGGUUCUAUACUGCUGGAGAUAGCUGCGGAUUUAUAAACUUCCCUUCGCUCGGUCUUAAAGCAUAUGAGAAUACGUUUUUCUUUGAUUUCUCAGCAACAUAUGUUGGUGUAGGGAUGAUUUGCCCCUACAUUGUAAACAUAUCGGUGCUUCUUGGAGGCAUUAUUUCUUAUGGUUUGAUGUGGCCUCUCAUAUGGAAUAAGAGGGGUGAUUGGUAUAGUGAAGAUCUCAGCCCAAAAAGCAUGAAUGGCCUUCAAGCUUACAAGGUCUUCAUUGCCAUUUCCAUGAUCCUUGGUGACGGACUAUACAACUUCUUCAAGGUGCUUGGUCGAACUCUCAUUGCCUUGUAUGUUCAACUCCGACAAAAAGAUGUGAACGGUAUUCUUCCAGUGGCAGAUCAAGCCUCUCCUGCAACCUUGGAACAGCUCUCUUAUGAUGACCAGCGCCGAACCCAACUCUUUCUCAAAGACCAAAUUCCAGCAUGGUUUGCUGCUGCAGGGUAUGUUGGAAUUGCUGCAAUCUCCAUAGCCACUGUACCACACAUAUUUCCCCAACUUAAAUGGUACUAUAUAUUGGUCAUCUACCUCAUUGCACCCACCUUGGCUUUCUGUAAUGCAUAUGGGUGUGGGCUCACUGAUUGGUCCCUGGCAUCCACAUAUGGAAAGGUCGCCAUCUUCACCAUUGGGGCAUGGGCUGGUGCCUCCCACGGUGGUGUUAUUGCAGGACUAGCAGCUUGUGGAGUCAUGAUGAACAUUGUUACAACAGCUUCUGAUCUAACCCAAGAUUUCAAGACUGGCUACCUAACAUUGGCUUCUCCUCGAUCCAUGUUUGUGAGCCAAAUCAUUGGGACAGCCAUGGGUUGUGUGAUUUCUCCAAGUGUGUUCUGGCUCUUCUACAAGGCCUUCCCUGACCUGGGCAAUCCUGGUAGUGCAUAUGCUGCUCCCUUUGCUGUUGUCUACCGUAACAUGUCUAUUUUGGCGGUAGAAGGUCUCGAUUCUCUGCCCAAGAAUUGCCUCUUGCUUUGUGGUGUGUUCUUUGCUGCAGCCAUUCUUAUAAACCUGAUAAAGGAUUGCAUUGGAAAGCAGAGGGCACGUUUCAUUCCACUACCUAUGGCAAUGGCUAUACCUUUCUAUAUAGGGACAUAUUUUGCCAUUGAUAUGUGCAUCGGGAGCUUGAUCAAGUUUGUGUGGGAGAAGAUAAACAAGGCCAAGGCAGAUGCUUUUGUACCCGCAGUGGCUUCUGGUAUGAUCUGUGGAGAUGGAAUUUGGACUUUGCCGGCUUCAAUACUCGCUCUUGCAGGGGUCAAGCCACCAAUUUGCAUGAGGUUCUUGUCAAGUAAAGAUAAUGCUAGGGUUGAUAAAUUCUUGGCAGGAUAAGGCUGCCUCAUCAGUAGUAAAUAAAUGUAUGAUCGUUAGGUGUGAACCAAGUCCAUCGUCCAGGAUCAAAUGUUAGAUAGCGCAGUUGCACCAUAGUUAAUUUACUUUUACUUUCUCUUUUCCUUGUUAACCUUUGUAUCAAAUAUUGUGUGAUUGUACUCCGUGGGAUUAGAAGUUUAGAACACAUUACAGAGCUCCUCAGCAAAAACUCAAAUGGUGUCGUAAGUGUAAAAGUAAUAAUAAUAAAAAAAAUACUUCAUG